AUGUUUGCUCCCUUUCUGGUGAGUGCGGUCCUUCUGGCUGGCACGACUAAGGUGCCUUCACUAAUUUGCUAUAAAUGUAAAAGAUACCAUCUUGGCUUAUGCUACGACGUCAUGAAGUCCUGCAGCCUGAAGUACCAGCAGUCCUGCGCGGUUGAGAACAUUUACAUACUUACAAAAAAAGGGCACAGUAUGUAUUUUUAUUCAGAGCUGUCAUGUAAGACCAACUGUGAGGACAUCAACUUCCUGGGUUCUGGCAAGAGGACAGAGCUCAUCUGCUGCAAACAUAGUAACUACUGCAACCUCCCUGAGGGUGUCUAAUUCUGCACCUCUCCUGGAUUUUGCGUCAUUCUUAUC